UGCGCGUGGGCCGUCGGCGGUGAGCAAGGCCGCGUACAGCGCAGCAGCGCAGCAGUCGACCGGGUGCGGGCCAAUCACGGGGCUGCUCGCCGCAUUCGGGCGCCACUCGCUUUCGCCCCCCACCCCCCCUCAAGCGCAAGCGACCCAGCCAGGCCGGAAUGGCGGACAGAGCGCCGGCGGCUGCGAUACUCGGACUCAAGAUGGGCGCUGCCCUGUUCUUCUGGAUUGCCCUCGGUCUGCUGUGCUGCAGUCGAGCGGACGGCUACGCAGAGGCAUCGGCGUCAGCAGCGUCGUCUGGCUCGAGUGUGGAGCCAGAUGUGGGCCACUUCCAGCCAAUGGUGGCUCUGCUGUGCGGUCACGGGCGGCUCAGCAACCAGUACCUGAGUGAGAAUCAGCGAUGGGUCUCCGACCCUGACCCCAAAGCAGUCUGCACCCGAGAGAAGCUCAGCAUCCUCGAGUACUGCCGGAAGGUGUACCCCAAGCGCGACAUCCGCAACAUAGUGGAGUCAAGUCGCUACUACCGCCUCGAUGGUUGGUGCAAGGCAGGCCAGCGCUGCUCUAAUGGGGAGGGCAGUGUGCACUGGGUGAAGCCCUACAGGUGCCUCGAGGGUGACUUCCAGAGUGACGCCUUGCUGGUGCCCGAGCACUGCCUCUUUGACCACAUACACAACCAGAGUGUGUGCCAGAGCUUUGAUGAAUGGAACCGCACAGCAGCGCAGAGCUGUCGGGGACGCGCCAUGCGUCUGCGCAGCUUCGCCAUGCUGCUGCCUUGCGGUGUCGACAUCUUCUCCGGGGUGGAGUUUGUCUGCUGCCCGCCUGCCUCGUCGCCAUCGUCUGACAGGGACUCGCAAGGAAAGGACACUUCUAGUGAGGAUGACUACGACGACGACUACAGUGAUGAGGAUGAUGACGAUGAUGAAACCACGACCACCACAACCACCACAACUACCACAGAGGGACCAGUGGAGCAGUACCUUAGUCGUUACGACAGCCGACAUGAGCACGCAGCAUUCCGUGCGGCGCAGCACAGCCUCCAGGAAAGCCACCGGGCGCAGGUGACACGGGUGAUGCGGGAGUGGAGCGAGUUGGAGCAGCAUUAUCAGGCAAUGAAGGCACGGGACCCGAAAGGCGCCGAGGAAUUCCGACGCAAGAUGAGUGCACGAUUCCAGAAGACGGUGCAGGCCUUGGAAGCCGAGGGGUCGGCUGAGCGGCACCGCCUGGCAGCGAUGCACCGGCAGCGGGUGCUCACUACCCUCAACCGGCGCAAGAAGGCAGCCCUCGACUGCUACCACCAUGCGCUGCAGGAAAAGCCACCAAGGACCAAGCGUGUGGAGCGUUGCCUGGAGCGGCUUUUGCGUGCUCUCGAGAAGGACCGCAGCCACACGCUGCACUCGUACCGGCAGCACGGAGGGGAUGCCGAGGAAGUGCGGGCCCACCUGACUUCACUGGACCGCCUCGCCAACCAGAGCCUGGACAUGCUGCCCCAAUCGCUCAAGACCCGCCUUGGCCAGCUGUGGAGCACGCUGCGGGGGGCCACCAGUAGCGAACCUCUGCUGCCACCCCCACCACCACCCCCGACCACAGCUGAGGACUCCGAGUCUGUGGAAGACGAGAGCAUCUUGCCAGCCAGCAGCAGCACGCCAGCCCCUCCGGUUGCACAAAUGGCCCCUGCGGCACCGACUGCUCGACCGGCGCAUGCCCAGAGCCAACUGCUGCAGCACGCUGAACCUGCGUACACACUUCGGCGGCCCUCGCAUGCUGAUGCGUUGGGCAGGCUCAAGUGGAGUGGCAGCGUCUAUAUCACACUUGCCUUUGCUGGAGUUGCACUACUCACCGCACUGCUCGUUGGGGCGGUGCUGCUCAGACGCCAACGCUCACCCCAUGCUCGUGGGUUUGUACAGGUGGGAGGAGGACCCACGGCCUCUCCAGAGGAGCGCCAUCUGACGGCCAUGCAGGUCAAUGGUUACGAGAACCCCACCUACAAGUACUUUGAGGCCAACUGAAUACAACACACCAUGACCCUCUCUCUUCCUGUACAUAGGCUCCGUUGCGGCCGCUUAGGCGUCUUAAAGUCCGAGAGCAAGGCUGGCGCUAAAGGGACAUGGCCCGGGAGAGGAGCAGAUGACAGUGGGAGUAGCCAGACUGGGGUAGUUGUUGUACCACUUACGAGAGGGGUGUGACUUAUGUCAACAAGACCAUGCAAGGCACUUAGCUUGAGACACUUCUUCCCAAGAGGCAGCAUUAAAUGUGCCCCCUAGGACAAACUCGUGGAGCAGUGGAGUGGAAACUGCACUCUGCAUCUAGCGAAUUUCUAGCAAUGUGUUGGCAGCUCGUGUGUGUGUGUGCAAAUGAACUUUUCGUCCGCAGUCUCCACUUCACUGCAGCACAGAGAUGUGCUCAUGUGCAGAACUGAAGCUUAGUAGCCACCACCAACAAAAGGAUUUUAAUUGCAGCUGAAAAAGAGGGUCACAAGAACAGCGUGCUAAAUAAUUUAUUUGUAAAGCGUGCGUGUCUACUUAAACAAAUUUCCUUCCUUCACUUUUUGUUGUGAAAGACGCGAAAUUUAUUGAGCCAACAGGAGUGACUGACACUGUCAAGGCAGCUUAGCUAGCUGUCUCUGUCGGAGAACAGACUAUGGAUGUUGUGUACUUGUGUCAAGUUGCUUGAAUAGGAAACUGAAGGGCCGGAGCGUGGGCAAACGGGAAUCCUCGGGUAUGUGGCAUACCACUUGCGUUCUCCGCUCCUCUUCCGGUUGCAGUUUCCGUAGUGCCAGUUCAGUGUUUUCUUUUCUCGAACCUUGAGGUGUCGCACCACCAACGAGCCGAGCUUUCCAGCAGCUAAGGCCUAGGCAUCUUUUUUGUACAGGUUGUCCAGCGUUAGUGCCUCUCUGCAUGCCCCCCCUUCUCCCCUAACCGGAAGUGCGUGUGUGCGUGCAUGUGUUUGGUUGAAGGCCAGCAGCAUCGUAGGGCUUGUUGCAAGGGCAGUUUGUGUGGUCAUUUUGUCUCAGUGAACAUAUCAUACGUCGAGUGUUGCCACCCUGUGUCUCCGUAUGUUCGUCUCUGCACACGGCCCUGCCACCUCUCUUCGCUUCGGCUUCGUGCAAGUGUUCUACCCUUAUUUUGCAACACAAGGUCACACAAGUGUAACCCACUCUGUGUAGUGUAUUUGAACAAACAGGCUGACAAUAAAAUUUUGCGGCUCGGUGAA